AUGGCCGGUCAAAGUGGAAAGUCGCCGGAGAAGAUCGCUGGGCAAGUCAGCAAGAAGGUGGAGAAGCUGUUGAAGGCAGCAGAAGCGGGGGAUACGAAUGCUCAGAACGAUCUCGGUGACAUCUACUACGACGGCACUGAAGGCGUCGAGAAGGACCUUCCCAGGUCCUUCGAGUUGUUCAUGAAGGCGGCGGAGAAGGGUCACCCCGCCGCUCUCUAUAGCGUUGGCUGGGCGUUCUAUGCUGGGGAAGGCGUCACGCAGAAUCAUCCACAAGCAGCCGAGUGGUUUGAAAAGGCGACAGAAGCAGGCCAUCCCAAGGCGAUGAGGAACCUGGCGAAGAUGCUCUUCUUUGGCUCGGAGGGAGUGACGCAGGACCGGAAGAGAGCUCACGAGCUGUGGGUGAAGGCAGCGGAUCUCAACGACCCUGACGCGCAGGCGGUGCUGGGGAAGUUGUACAUGGAGGGCAUCGAGGGGAUCAUGGCGAGAAACCCGGAAAAGGCAGUCGACUACCUCAAGCGAGCUGCGCAUCAGGGUGAUGGCAACUCGAUGCACCUGCUGGGCAAGUGCUACGAGAACGGGAUGGGCGUCAAGAGCAGCAAGGAGGAGGCGGCCAAGUGGUACAGGCUGGCAGAGAGCAACGGGUUUGUGUCGGUGGACCAGCUGCAUGCUCGCGGAGUUCAUUUCUUCAAGGGCGAAGGCGUCCCUCAAAACCUCGGAGCUGCAGCCCAGUGCUUCCUCGCCGCCGCCUCCAACGGCCAUGCUACCUCGGCCGCCAACAUCGCUCGAUUCUUCUACAACGGGAUCGGAGUGGAGCAGGACUAUCCCUCUGCCUACGAGUGGAGCGUGCGGGCUUGCAAGCUCGGGGACUCAGACGCUGCGCUGACGACGGGUCAGUGCCAUGAGAUGGGACAUGGAUGUGCUUGCGAUCACGAGAUGGCGAUCCAAUGGUACCUCUACUGCAUCCGAGGAGCCUCCGACGAUGAGCCACAGUGCAAGUACAGGGCCAUGCACGCGCUUGGCAGAUGCUACUUCAAGGGUGGAAAACACGAUCACGUUCACACGGGGGCUGAGCCAGACUACAAGAAAGCGGCUUACUGGUGGCGGAGAGCUGCAGAAGAAGGAAACGUGAGAGACGCCAUGAAUCACCUCGGGGAUCUUUACGCGCAGGGGUUGGGAGUGGAGAAGAACCUCGACAAGGCGCGAGAAUGGUGGAAGAAGGCGGCAGACGCUGGGCAUGCGGAAGCGAAGGAGGGGCUGCGAUGGCUGAACGGCUACACGACGAAGGAGAAGGCGAAAGAAUGGAUCCCAACCAUCGUUCUCUUCAUCCUCCUCUUCCUCGUCUUCGUCUACUUCGCCUACAAGUAUCACGAGAUGUCCCAGGAGUCUUGGUUCAUCCGCAAGUGA